AUGAACUUCAUGGGAAGAGUUUUCAACUCAAUGACCGACUUAUAUAAAGACAUGCACCCAGGGCAAAUAAGCGGGGCAAACGACAUAGUAGUCACAAGAACAUCAAAGGGGCUAAGCUCAACCGGUUUCCAUGCAAGAUUCGGAAACGUUCAGUCUUUCAAGACCUCCCGUGAAGUCAUUCUAAUAGUCAACGACAGGGUGAUCAAUGUAGAGGCCAAGCUGGACCGAGAAGGAAAUGUGUUCUUCUCUUUCCAGCACAGCCAAAAAAGCCCAAAGCCUCCUCUGGUAAGCGCGCCCUUCAAGUCCUUUAAGAUGCUUAUUGAGUCCGACAAGAACUAUGCGUUUCUCCUAUCUAACUACGAGCGGGUCUAUGAGUGCAUUUUGCACCGGCAGUAUGUGUUCAGCGAGUGCAUCCACAAACAGAUAGCCCCAGACAGGAUCCAGGAGGUCUUCAACGAGCACCGCACCAAAACGUUCCUGGGCGACGACAUGGCGGUUAUUGGGCUGUACGAGGCAAAGGCCGAGGAGAUUGCCUUUUUCAUGCCCUUCUAUCUCUUCAGCGAGCUGUACUUCUGUGUGGAAAGACGAGCCGCCGAGCCUGGCCCCGAGCCAGACGGAAAAGAGGACGUAGGCAAGGGGUACACGGAAAAGUUUCUGGUCAAGCAGCUUCUUAAAAAAAGAGUUGCCCCCGAAAUGGCGCAAGACAGGCGCAAAAAAGAGGUUUAUUUGCCAGAAAAGUAUCUAGAGGAAAUGCAUCUAUCGCCAGGGCCAAACAAAACUGUGUACAGGCUUUCGGGAACGCCCAUAUUCCUGACGUGCAACAUAUAUCUGUGGAACGACAGCGACAAAGUUGUUGUUUCGGACAUCGACGGGACAGUGACAAAAAGCGACAUAGUUGGGUAUAUAUACGGCGCAAUUGGCAAAGACUGGACGCACUUGGGGAUAGCUGCGCUUUACAACAAAAUUGUUGAAAAUGGGUAUAAAAUUAUGUAUCUGUCGUCAAGGCCAAUCGGGCACAUCGGGCUAACCAAAACAUACUUGGAAAGAGUCGAGCAAGAUCAGCAGAACCUGCCUGCAGGGCCUGUUAUCUUGUUUCCUGGAAGGCUGCUUUCGGCCAUAUACAAAGAAGUUGUGCAGGGCCCAGAGGAGUUUAAAAUUUCGGUUAUAUCCGAAGUGAAGGGGCUUGUGCAGAAAGGCCGGAUAUAUGCAGGCUUUGGAAACAAGGAAAGCGACAGGCUUGCAUACGAGAUGUGCGAGAUAGACCCUGGCCGCAUAUUUAUUGUGAACCCGCUAAGCGAAAUAUCCACGGGCAGAAAGGGAAUUGUAAAGUUGACACACCAGGGCCUAUACGACAUUGUAGAGGGUGUGUUUCCGCCUGUGCGCCCCAUGCUGCAGGAUGUGUCGCACAAGUACAUUGGAGAAAGCUGGUGGUCUGCCCGGCCUCAUGAAGACUGA